AUGGAUCAACAGAUUUUGGUGCGAAUGAAGAAAGAGGGCAGCAGAGAUUUAGUUAACUUCGAGUUUAUGCCUGGUGGAAAAUGCACGUUUCACCAGGAUGCAUGUGGAAUAAACAUAUCUGGACGUAACAAUGAUGAAUUAACACAGCCGGAGAUAUCACUUGACCAACCUGCAGGAGUUUGCUUAGAAACAGAGUAUAUCACCAUUAACUGCACUGCGCGGGCAAACUAUUUCGAUAAAACGUUCUACAUUUACAAGGAUAAUCAAGCACUCAACAUUUCUCCAGCUUCCAAAAAGGAUAAAUUUGUAAUGUGCUCGAUUCCUGCUUUAAACCAGGAAGGGCGGUACCAAUGCAGGUACGGGGUUUCGGUUCUCCAGUCCCGUUCUCCACUGAGCGAAACUGUGAUGGUGACUAUCGAAGCUGGCUUCAUACUGGGACCAAGUGUCCAACGCCGACCACUGAGGCUGUCAAACAAGAGAAAUUCCCCAUUCCAAAACCCACAUGCGAUUAUCAGGGGUGUCGAUCGCUCCGAGAUAGGCAGUUAUUCCUGUUGCUAUAAGGCACUGAUUAACGGCAGCAAGCUAUCGUCGGCUCUGAGUGACCCUGUACACAUCAUUGCAACAGCGAUCGAUGAUAUGAAUUGUUACAUGAUUGCAAUCUAUGGUCCCUUUCUGUUCGUCGCUUUUUUCCAGAAUGACACAAUGUCCUCUGGCUCGCUGGUACUUCAUAUUACACCGCUAUUGAAUGUGCGUGCCAUUUCUUCCAAUUCAAUCCCUAUUCGCCUGUGCCUCGCGGUUCUGAUCAUGUUUGUGAUUGUGAUUAUCCUGGGAAUAGAGUUCAAUCCGAUCAAGAGAAAGAGGGAUUGCAAAGCCUGUUUCAAUGGAAAACAGCGGCCGAGCUUAGACACCAAACAUGUCCUUACCAGCGAAGGACAAGGCGGAGAGGCCCUUGCCCUAGAACUGUGGUCAAAGUGUACAAGGGGAGGUGCUGGUUUUCAUUUUAUCAAUUCAUCUUCUCUCUUUUCAGUGUUUUUUGCGAUUCGACGCAGCGUGUCUCAAGAGCCGCUAAGAAAACCAGUGAUAACACUUGAUCAAUCGACAGGCGUGUAUGUAAUAGGAGAGACGGUUACCAUGACCUGCACUGUGACGGGUGAUGAUAGGGAUAAAACCUUCUAUUUUUACAAAGAUGGUGUACGGCAGUACUCUAGGCGAAAUGAUACACGUGACAAUACCCGAACAUUCCCGGUCACUGAUAAAAGAGGCGAAGGGCGAUACCAAUGUCAAUACCAAAUUUCCAUCGGGGGUCCGGAUUCAACAUCCCCAAAGAGCGAGGCUGUGAACGUGACUACCACAGAUCGGCUAGAAAAGCCACGGAUAAAUCUUAAUAAAAGGAAUGGGGUGUAUGUAAUAGGAGAGACGGUCACCAUUACAUGCACUGUGAUUGGAGAUGUUCGGAAGAAAACCUUCUAUUUUUAUAAAGAUGAAGAACUGCAGGUCUCCCGGCAAAUUGUCACAAAAGUGAAUAUUGGAACAGUCCAGGUUACUGGUAGAAGUAGCGAAGGGCGAUACCGAUGUCAGUAUGAAAUUGUGAUGGAAGGUCGGCAUCUAAUAUCGACAAAGAGUGAGGCUGUGACCGUGAUUACCACAGAUCCGCUAAAAAUCCCAGUGAUAUCUCUUGAUCAAAAAACCGGGGUGUAUGCAGUAGGAGAGACGAUCACCAUGACCUGCACUGUGACUGGAGAUAAUCGCCAGAAAAGGUUCUAUUUUUAUAAAAGAUAUCAACAGCUGUCCUCUAGUCCGUACAUCACAAAAACCAAUACUUUAACAUUUGCGAAUACCAGUCCAAGCCACAGCGGACAAUACCAAUGUAAAUACAGAACUGCCGUCCAGAGCAGGCAGUUCGAUUCCAAACAGAGCCAGGCUGUAUUGGUGACCAUAGCAGCUCUGCCCAUAAAACCAGUCAUCACAUUGAACCAACCGACUGGCGUGUAUUUACCUGGAGAGAAGGGGUCCAUAACCUGCAUUGUGACUGGAGAUAAGCGCGAUAAAUUCUUCAAGUUUUACCGGAAUAAUGAACUGCUCCACUUCGCUAAAACUGGCACACAGGGCAGUUUUGUUGCACUUUCCAUUGGGGCUACAUACCGAGGUGGGCAGUACAGGUGCCAAUAUAGUACAUCCAUCAACAGUCGCUUACUUGUUUCCCCAAUCAGCGAGGCUGUGACCGUGACUAUGGCAGAUCCGCUAAAAAUCCCAGUGAUAUCUCUUGAUCAAAAAACCGGGGUGUAUGCAGUAGGAGAGACGAUCACCAUGACCUGCACUGUGACUGGAGAUAAUCGGCAGAAAAGGUUCGAUUUUUAUAAAGGAUACCGACAUCUGUCCUCUAGUCCGUACUUCACAAGUACCAAUACUUUAACAUUUGCGAAUACCAGUCCAAGCCACAGCGGACAAUACCAAUGUAAAUACAGAACAGCCGUUCAGAGCAGGCAGUUCGAUUCCAAACAGAGCCAGUCUGUAACGGUGACAAUAGUAGAUCCGCUAAAAAUCCCAGUGAUAUCUCUUGAUCAAAAAACCGGGGUGUAUGCAGUAGGAGAGACGAUCACCAUGACCUGCACUGUGACUGGAGAUAAUCGCCAGAAAAGGUUCGAUUUUUAUAAAGGAUACCGACAGCUGUCCUCUAGUCCGUACUUCACAAGUACCAAUACUUUAACAUUUGCGAAUACCAGUCCAAGCCACAGCGGACAAUACCAAUGUAAAUACAGAACUGCCGUCCAGAGCAGGCAGUUCGAUUCCAAACAGAGCAAAGCUGUAUCGGUGACCAUAGCAGAACUUCCCGAACCAUACAUAUCCGUCGAUUCUAGCGCUGUUAUUCGGAGUCAAGCUGUCACAUUUAAGUGUACAAGCCCCGGGGACAAUCCUGCCAUUACAUUUUACCUGUACAGACAAGGGGAUGCGAAUCACUAUGGUAUCAAGCCUGCUGCUUCAGGGAUCAAUUCUGUCACCUUCACUAUCAGGAAUGUCGAUCACUCUGAGAUAGGAAAUUAUACCUGCCGGUAUGAAGCACUGAUUAACGGAAGAAACCUAUCCUCGGCUCAGAGUGACGCUGUGCACAUCACUGUUACAGAUAAGAAACAUGUUGCUCUGGCUGUUGGUAUCGGUUCUGCUGCGGGCCUGAUUCUCCUCCUUGCUCUGUUGGGUGUCUGCCUCUGGAGGAAAGGAAAGAAUCAAAGCAAUCUGGAAACCAGGAAUGCGGUGCCCUCUGGAGACUUAAUCAACGAAAAUGUUACAUACGCUGUUCUUAACCUACAAACAAUGCCGAAGAGACAUUGUCAGCGUCAGCGAGACAACGGCCAAGCCCAGAGUGAGGACUUCACCAUCUACGCAGCGGUGAAGCUAUAGGACAAUUCCACGAAUGCAGCGCCCACAGCGAGAAGUCCAGCGCCGAUCAGCCCAAUGACCAUGAACAUGUCUCCCCCUUCACCAUUAUGCAAGGAAACUCUUUGUGUACAGAUAGUUUUCCUGAGGACCGGAAGCUACUAGCGAAGUACUGCCUCACUCCUGGAGUUAAGUUUACAUCAUGAGCCAGGUGAACUAACAUCUUGAAACAUAGGAGAAAGAGGGAGACUAUUCGCCACUCUAGCUUGCUGUUGGCGAAUUAUAUCAUGACUCUUCUGUAGCUAUUCAUUUCACUGUUUUUUUUUCUCCAAAUGAUCUAUGACAACCCCUGCAUAACAAGGAAGGAGUACCCAAUUUCUAAUUGGCGCUUCCUGAUAUUAUUCCUUAACUACCUCUCUCUAUUUUAAAAUCUAUAUAUUCUGCUUUCUGGGGUCUCUGAUCAAAGCAAAUGGUUUAACUGCCUCUGCUUUAUUAAAUUUGUUAAGCAUUGCAAACACCUUAACCUAAUGACCCAUCAAUAUUCGAUCCUCAAGGUAACAGGAAUCGAGCCUAUUCUCCUCAUUUAACACCUUGAGCGUGGUAUCAACUGUGGUGCACCCGCUUCAAGGACAAUAUCCCAACUCCGUGGUGUGGUAAACAAAACUGAACAGUUACUCCAGAUGGAACCUUACUGUGUGUCUGUGCACCUAACACUUAACGUCGACCUCUGUUGCAUUCCCGACGUCUUGGAGAGAAUUUGGACUGCUUUGCUGCUUCCACACUGUUCAGGCGCAAAUUGCGAACUUGCCACGUUUACCUCUCUGUGCUAAGGCGAGCAAAUUCUUAACGCCCAGAAACUAAAAGCCUAAAUCAAUUGCCAUUUCAGAGCGGGAUUUUAGUGGUGUUUAUUGCUGGGGAAGCUCCCUUUUUUAAUGUCAUAGUAAGUUAAUAUGCUUUGGUAGAUUUUUAAUGUUAUACCAGUCUGGUUGUAAAGCAAUCCCGCGCUUUCAGUUUCUCAAUAAAUACAUUAUCAUUUGA